AUGGAAGUCAUCAAAGAAGGAGAAGAAGGAGAAGAAGGAAAAGGUCAAGAUACGAGUUCGGUGAUGCUGAUAGAAAUAUUGGAGAACUGCGGCGUGUCUGCUGCGGAUAUCAAGAAAUUGAAAGAUGCCGGUUAUUACACGAUUGAAUCCGUAGCGUAUUCGCCGAAAAAGAAUUUGAUUAGGGUGAAAGGCUUAUCUGACAUCAAAGUGGAAAAAAUCAUGAAAGAAGCCAUCGUACUUAUUGAUAUCGGAUUUUCGACAGGCCUGGAUAUCCAUGUCCGUCGAAGUGAAAUGAUCCACAUCACCACAGGAUCCAAGGAGCUCGAUAAACUGUUGGGGGGCGGUAUCGAGACCGGAUCCAUUACAGAGAUCUUUGGCGAAUUCAGAACAGGCAAAACACAGCUGUGUCACACCCUUGCAGUGACCUGUCAAUUGCCUGUUGGCCUUGGCGGAGGAGAAGGCCAUUGCGUCUAUAUCGACACCGAAGGAACCUUUCGACCAAGCCGCAUCCUUGCUACAGCUCAAAGAUAUCAGCGGGAUACCGAGGAAACUCUGAACAACAUUGCAUGCGCACGAGCUUAUAACGCGGACCAUCAAUUGGCGCUCUUGGUGCAUGCAUCUGCACUGAUGGCAGAAACACGGUGCGCACUGUUGAUCGUCGACAGCGCUAUAUCGCUAUACCGUACCGAUUAUUCUGGUCGAGGUGAACUUUCUGCCCGUCAGAUGCAUUUGGCUCGUUUUCUGCGUCAGUUACAAAGGAUUGCCGAUGAGUUUGGAGUCGCGGUCGUGAUUACCAAUCAAAUGAUUGCUCAAGCGGACGGAUCGGCUUCCAUGUUUAAUGUGGAUCCAAAGAAACCUGCCGGUGGCCAUGUCAUGGCUCACACAGCUUGCACUCGGCUCUAUUUACGCAAAGGGCAAAACGAGAACAGAAUAUGCAAAAUCUACGAUUCCCCUUCAUUACCAGAAAGUGAAGGCAUGUUCGCUAUUCUAGAGGACGGCAUUGGCGACAUACGCGAGUAA